GAUAUUCGAUUAUUUGAAUUAAUCGAACGAUUAACCGACGUCUCUAUCUGCGAUUAGUUGACAUUCAACAUCUGUUGAUAUUCGUUAUUUUUGUUGAAUGUUACUCUAUUACCUAUAAAGAAUUUAAAAAUAUAGUGAAGAUCACAAUGGCAGCAAAGGGAGCGCACAUCACAAGCAAUAUAGAAGCACGUCCAUCAAUAUUCGAGGUUGUAGCAGCUGAUUAUCUGAAUGCAACAUUUUAUCCAGCGCUCCAAAAAGUAGCAAAUUUCUUGGAUACAAUAAAGCCAAACUUCUUCGAAUGUCUCUCGAGUAACUAUGACGAAAUUUAUUUACUGUUCAAUUACAUUGUCCAGAGUUAUUACGUCCGCAACAAAGGCGGUUCUCUAUCUGAGGUUUUUUAUGGACUCACUCGCGUUUCUCCAAAGACGAAUAAACUCACAAGGAAUCAAGAACGAUGGACAAUAGGAUCGCUCGUUUUAACUCCCUACGCGUAUCAAAAAAUCGAUAAAAAAAUACAUAAAUGGAAAGAAGAUUAUGAGCAGGGGAGAACAAUAUCAAAGUAUAAGCAACAGAUUGUCCGGAUUGUACCAUAUUUGAAGGCAUGUUUAGAAAGCAUGAAACUAUUGCAAUACAUUGCUUAUCUCACUGGAUUCAGCUCUACGCACUCACCUAUUCUACGGAUUUUGAACCUUUCGUUAACAUAUUCGACGGAAGAAAAAUCUUUGACGUUUAAGGAUAUUCUAUCUGGUCAAAUUACGCCGGCCAGCGUACUCAGUACGGCUUUAUUAAGAUCUUUGGAAUUAUCCGCGUUCUUUCUGCAAUUCAUCGAAUGGUGGCACAAUGAGGCCAAUAUGGGAGAUUUGUCGAAACUCCCAGUGCCUGACAGACCGUCGAUUGAUGCUACGAAUGAUAAAUAUAACGGCAAAUGUCCAUUGUGCCUUCAGCGCUGGCAAAUACCAACAGCAGUAUCCGUUUCGGGAUAUGUGUAUUGCUAUCGAUGCAUUGUAGCAUACUUACAAAACAAGAGCCAAUGUCCUGUGACUAAAUACCCAACGACUAUCAACGAUUUGGUGAGGAUCUUCGAUGAAACUGAUUAGCCUAAAAUGCUACCAAUGUAUGCAGAUUGGUAUCAUAAAUGUUAUAUGGGAGAAUGUGAUAUUUUACAUACGAACUUGUUAAGCCAGACUAAUAAAUUAAUUAUUCCAUU